GACGAGGAGACGAUAAUUAGGGCGCUCCCAUCUGGAAACAUUUAUCAGCUAGUCCAACCGGCCAAACAAUUUCUUCUUUAUUUUCUCUCCUUUUAACGUCGUCAAUACGCCAAUCCCUACGUUGGUCUUUGCAUCCCGGCUUCCCUCUCCCCCUAAGCCGUCUGUCUCAUUCUCGUCUCCCCAGGCCCGGUAGCCGGAGGAGACGGAGACGGGAGAACUACCACGGCGUGCGACGGGGGGCCUUUCUUCCAGCACUAUGCUGAGAUUCAUACACCGGCGUCUCUUCGAGACACCAACGGAAUCCGUAGACAACUAUCUGGGCGUCGCCGUACCACUCGAGGAGGCGCACUGGUACAGCCACUCCCGGCGCACGGGGAAGACCGAAUUUGAGGAACGGGACCUGGAACGGCCCGGCGAUGAUGAUGCCGCUGAUGAGGAGGAUAACCGUCUCAAGGAUUCGGGUGCGGACGAGACGCGCGGCAUGCUGGAGAUGAGCGCCGCCGAGUACACCAUUGCCGGGCUUAGGAAAGAGGUCUGGUCAGGGAGGGGUGAUUUUACCGACUAUGAGCUCAAGUCCAAGUUGAUCAACAAGGCCAUCCAGGACAUUGGCAUGGGCAAGUAUAACUGGCAGUUGUUCGUGCUCUGCGGGUUUGGCUGGUUUGCCGACAAUCUUUGGAUGCAAGGCGUCUCGUUGACCCUCCCCUCCUUGUCGGCAGAAUUCGACAUCCCCGAAAAGACCGUCCGAUACACCACAAGCGCCCUCUUCAUCGGUCUCUGUUUCGGAAGCUUCUUCUGGGGCAUCGGCUCCGACAUUCUCGGCCGUAGACUAGCCUUCAACUGCACCCUCCUCAUCACCAGCAUCUUCGGUCUCAUGACAUCCUGGGCCCCGACCUGGGGCGCCACCUGCUUCCUCUACGCCGCUCUCGGCUUUGGCGUCGGCGGGAACCUCCCGGUCGACGGCGCCCUCUUCCUCGAGUUUCUGCCGGACGCCUCCAGCUCGCUGCUGACCCUCCUCUCCGUCUGGUGGCCCGUCGGCCAGCUGGUUUCGUCCAUCCUGGCCUGGUACUACAUCGCCAACUGGCCCGCCGACGAAGGGUGGCGGCUCUUCGUCUUCGUCGUCGGCCUCAUCACCCUCGCCAUGUUCGCCGUCCGCUGCUUCGCCUUCAACCUCUUUGAGUCCCCCAAGUUCCUCCUCUCGCGCGGCCGCCAAGCCGAGGCCAUCGCCGUCGUUCACGGCAUCGCCUAUCGAAACGGCACGAAGACCUGGCUGACCGAGGAGGUCCUCAACGCCGUGGUCGGUGGCACGGAUACCGAUGCGGACAUGAUGGACGCGGAUGCGGAGAGAAGCCUCGCCGUCACCAAAAAUGCUCUCAAGGACAAACUAAAAAACUUCUCCGGCGCGCGUCUGAGGCCGUUGUUCCAGAACAAGCUGCUCGGCCUGACCACCUCCCUCAUCUGGUUCUGUUGGACCACCAUCGGGAUGGGCUACCCUCUCUUCAACGCCUUCCUGCCCCAGUACUUUGCGCGCGUCAGCAACCCCGGCGGCGGCGGCGGCGGCGGCGGCGAUGGUGCCUCGCCCACACCCCCGGAAGACGGAUCCGUCCCGGCCUUGACCCCGGAAAUCUACCGCAAUUACGCCAUCACCUCGGUCAUGGGCAUCCCGGGCGCCCUGCUGGCCGCUUACCUCGUCGGCCACGAGUCGCCCUGGCUAGGCCGCCGCGGCACCCUGGCCAUAUCGACCUUCGUAUCCGCCAUUUUUCUCUUCCUCUUCGUCGAGCUCGGGACCACCGCGACUGCCCAGCUCUUCUUCUCCUGCGUCGAGGCCUUUACCCAGAACAUCAUGUACGGCGUCCUGUACGCCUUCACCCCGGAGAUCUUCCCCGGUCCCGUUCGCGGCGCGGGAACCGGGGUCGCGAGCUUCCUCAACCGCAUCGCUGGCCUUAUGGCUCCCCUAAUUGCCGCCAACGUCCCUGGCGACGGUACUACUGCGCCUGUCUUUAUAUCGGCCGCUCUCAUCCUGGCUGCUUUUGUUGCCAUGUGUCUGAUUCCCAUCGAAACGAGAGGCAGGCAAAGACUCUAACGUUGUUACCACCCACUCUCCGUGGAAACUCCUUUUUACUUACUUAUCAAGGCACAUGCCUGCAAUUUUUUAUUUCUUCUUCUUUUUUUUCAUGAUAUUGAAAGAGAACAAUCUGUGGCAUACAAUACAUCCGGUGGGGGCAGAAUUGGAUAUCCCAUUAGCGGUAUUAAAUGGGUUUCUGCAUAACGGCGUUGGUUCGGGAUAUUAUAGGCUUCGGGUGGCCUCCCUUCCCUCAUCGGGGACUAUGAGAAUCACAGGAUAUACUAUGUACACUACCGGUUUUUGACAUCCCUCUAGCAUGACUUUGAAAUAUAUCUUGGUGGCAGCACCGGCUGAUUUCUGGGAGCCUU